AUGGGCCACCGAAUCGACGGGCUUCCAUCUGCAGGUAACAUCACAACUCCGAUACCGAUUCCCUCGCUUCCGUCCUUUAGUGGCUUAGAUGAGGACCCAACCCAAUUUUCUGCGUGGCUAGCUCGGGUAGAAGAUAUUUUUGACAUGCUAUCGCCGCCUUUGUCUUCUGCAAUGAAAGCUAAGCUGGUUAAGGGGCACCUUCAGGGGAAGAGCUUUGAGGGGCCACAUCGUCGUCGUCUAGCUCGCCAGGCCCUCUCGGGAUGUCGCCAGCAACCGGGAGAGUCAUGCUUUUCGUUUGCUAAUCGUAUUCUCCAUCUAGUGCGAGCUAUUACCGCGGGUCAGGACCCGGCGCUUCAAGAGGAACGCCUCCUAGAGGAGUUUCAGGCACUGGACACCGCCGACGCAGUCGAGCAGCACCUCGCGGAGACAAUCUCGGACCGCCUCAUCACGCCAUCGUCUGGUUCGGCACCAUUGGAAGUGAAGACCGUCAAUCUUCGCCCCAGCAGGCCAAGUUCUCGUAAUUACGAGCCACGUGUGUCUCGUAGAAGUAACUCAUUUCAGGGCCGUGGACGCUCGCGCAGAAUGGGCAACGUUAUUUCGCGGUUUAAUACCGAUCGUACUGUCUGUUAUUCAUGCGGAGGCCUUGGACAUAUGGCCCACCAAUGCCCAACCCAACGUCAGCAGCCGAAAAACACA